UCUCCCACGCGCAGAUCGUGUUAAAAAAUCUCUCUUUCAUGAAUUUAGCUAUUUGAAGAAUAAUUACUAAACUCUAAUUAUUCAUAUGGCUGUAUCAAGUUUUGUGGAUAAUUACCUUGUCUUGUCAUAGAAAUUUGUAAGCACAUUAUUCAUUGCGAAGAAGAGCAUUCGCGCUCGCCCUCGAGCCAGGGACUACCAGCAGCACUCCAGCAGAACGUCGCGCCGCUAGUUCGGGGUGAUCCACCUGUAACGUGUAGCUAGAGAGCACGGAGUUCGAGGUUCUUGUCAUCUUCAUUAAACUAGCUAACAUGUCGUUGGAAACCACUGAUGACAGUCAAACAACUACCACACCAUCAAAUGGCACUCUUGCUGCAAUGGAGAUUCUGCAUAGCAUUUGUGAAGAGGUAGAAAAGGGUAAUCUUGUUGAAAAGAGAGGACACCUGGAGAUGUUGUUGCAACAGACUCCAUCCAAGUGGUUUCAUCUUGGGACCAAUCAUGAUCUUCAAAGAGGAAGGUACCAAGAUCUUGGAGAACUCUGCAUCAAAGUGGUCCUGUUGUUGAUCAAGCAGACCAAGAUCUCUCUAGCUAGCUGCCACGAAGCUGAUGCUGGUGGUGACCACGACAUAAAGUACAAGGAGCAUGCCUCUCUGGCUCAUGCAGCUAUGGCCAUUGUCAGUCUUCUCUUGUCAAAGCUCAGGCCAAACCCCAAGGAUAACUCAUCAGUAGACCAAGGACGGAUUGAAUCGGUAAGGUCCAAUGAAGGACAUGGUGAGCAAGAGGAGGAGAAUGACAGUGACAUUGGGCGGUGCUCACCGUUAUCAGAUGGACCUCAAGUUGGACACCAAGAUGGACAGCAUAAACUCCCAAGAUUGGAUGAUGCCUUCCAAGAUAGUCAACAAAACAGAUCAAUGGAUGGACUCAAGUCCUCAGGAUCCUUUCCUACGAUAUUCAGAGAAAAUGAAGGCCACUUUUCAAUCAGACCGAAGGACAGCGAUAUUCUUGGAUGUCUUCCACCUGAUAUUCUUGAUGAGAGUUUAGAGGGACAACUUGAUGACAGGGAGUCAGAGGAAAAAGGUGAAUGCUCAGACAGGUUGUUACGAGGUGUGAUGAAGUCUACAAUAGGGCCAAGCAUUGUCCUCUGUUCGUUACAUGCUCAGAAACAUCCAUGGACAAGCAAGGCAAGUCGUCAGGCGGGAAAUGCAUUACUUACUCAACUCACCAGGAUAUGUGGUUGCAACUCAAUAUCUACUCUGCUCUCUGGCUGCCACAAUGAGACCCAGCAACAUGAUGGUGUAAGUCUGAGGAGACUGAUCCCCAAAGGUGCCUUUGGUCUUGCUAUUGUGGAAUUGAAGCAACAACUCACGAGGAGCGACUGGAAAAAGUAUCCUGCAGCAAAACAUACAUUCACCUGGCUGUUAGCUCAUAUGAAACAUCCAUAUGUAGGAGAGCAGAUAGACCACUGUCUUCCGCCAUCUCUUCUCUUUGUCGAUGACUUUGAGAUGGAGAACAAGGUACUUGGAAUACAGUGCUUGAAGCAUAUUAUAGAAAAUGUGGACCCGACCGAGUUGAGGUGGUAUGGUAGAGCAGAAGUCAUCUAUGAAGCCCUUUAUCCAUUGAUGUACAAUCACAAACCAGACCUCAUUGAUGUCCUCUAUCCUUGCUUCUUAGCGACCCUCAAGGUUGUAGAGAAAGACCCCAAGAAGACAGAUCAGCCUAGAAAGCUUGGGAGGUAUGACAAAGCUCUUCAGAUAAUACUCUCCAACAUGGAGGGAGAACAGAGGAUAGCGGUACGCCAAGCCAAUGCAAGGCAUCUUCCUUCCUUCAUCGUUGCCAUGGGGAUCACCAUUCUCUGGCAUAUAAAGAGAUUGGUUCGUAUCAUCAUUGCCUACCUAGAAACAAGUGAUGGCAUAGAGGAGACUGGUAGAAUCCUAACUCUUAGAAUACUGCAAGCAGUCAUAGUUCAAGCAUGGCCUAGGAUGAUGAGUCACUGUUCUGACCUGAUGAAAUCUCUCCUGAAAUUAGUGCUGGACAUUUCCAGAGGACCAACUGACAUUUCACCUCAAGUGAGAGAUACAGUACGCAAAGAGUGCAUUGAGUGCAUGACGUUGCUGAAGAGGUGCUGUGGUACAGUUGUGGAGGACACGGUGAACAUGCUCCUAGGUUCAAAUCUCAAGGACAGGUUCUUGAAAGACUGCCUGGAGAAUGUUCUUGAAGGCUGAAUGAGCUGUAUAAGCAUGCGUCCUGUAUGCUUCCUAGGUUAGAAGGAGGGGAGGGAAAGAUCUUAUAAUGGAAUAAAAUCUUUUUUGUUUAUGACUACCGUAAUUAACGUUGUAUAUACCGCCCUUGUGUAUUAACCGCACCCCUCUUUUUCGCCCUAAAAAAAAAA